ACCGGUUACCAUAGCAACCGGUAACCGACAGCUCCUCCCCCUUUUCUGUUGCCGCCUGUAACUCUGGCGCAGAACAGCUGGACGGAUGUGAACCACCAACCUAACGUCCUGGUUUGUUAGGUACAUCUCAUGAACUAUGAUCGGACAGAUAUAUAGUUCUAUAUGACCAGAACACAACACGAUCUUACACAGCUACUGGUUCACCUCAAAGGAUCCAGCAACAAAUGCUAAGGCUAGUUAGCAUGGGCACAGAUGAUGACGGAAAAACGGUUUUCUCUUAACAAUAUGAGACGUUACUCCAAAGCUGUUCGUCCACUUCUUGAAAAACCAUGGCUGCAGAUGGACUGGGAAGACAGGGAGGCUGACCUGCAGUUCAUCAACGACUACAGACCUGCAGGUGGCCAACGGCAGUUCAGGAUUCUUCUGCAUGGACCAGUUGGAGCUGGAAAGUCCAGUUUCAUCAACUCCGUCUUCAGCGUGUUGGAGGGUAAAAUCUGUCACAAGGCGACUGCGUGCAACAUCACUCAGACCACCUUCACCAAGAAGUACAUAACCUACAAGAUUAAAAAAGGAGACCACCAAAACGUGUAUCCUUUUGUACUGAACGACAUGACAGGUUUGAGCAACAUCAACUGGAAACACAGACGAGUCUAUGAGAAGGACAUGAGAAUGGCCAUGAAGGGACACAUCAAGGAAGAGUAUAAAUUCCACCCUCAGAGUGCGUUGUCCGAAACCGAUCCGUUCUUCAACCGGAAUCCAACUAUCAACGACAAAGCUCACAUCCUGGUUACUGUCUUUGAUGCCAGCACAAUAAAUCAGCUGGAGGAAACUGUAGCAGAGACAAUUCAGGAGAUCAGAGACGAAGCCACUGAGCUGGGGAUUCCUCAUGUGGCCAUUCUCUCCAAAAUUGAUGAGGCCUGUCCUGAGAUCAGAGACGAUAUAAAAAAUGUCUGCCAGAGCCGGGUGCUACAGGAAAAGAUUCAGAUCCUCAGCAAACUGGUGGGCAUCCCAGAGAACUGCAUCUUCCCUGUGAAGAACUACCACUCAGAGAAGAAGCUGAACCACGAAACUGACGCUCUGAUCCUCUACACCCUGAGGAGCAUCAUCGAGAUUGGAGAGGAAUACCUUAGCAAUGGUAAAAGAUCAAAUCUGCUGGGAGGAGCUGCAGCGGAGUCACAUCAGGACAUCAGAAAGGGAAGAACCGAUCCGGUUCUGCCUGCAGGGACUGCUCAUGUGGCCGAUCUGACCAAAACUGAUGACGUCUGUUCUGAGAUCAGCAGUGAUGAGAUAAAUGUCUGCAGGACCCCGGAGCUGCAGGAGAAGGUUCAGAACUCCAAAAAACCAGUGAAAAUCCCAGAGAGCGUCUACCCUGUGAAGAACUACGACUGCGUCAGAAGUCAAGCAGAACCAGAUGAAGACUCUGCUUCAUGUGAGAAAUGCUGCUGGGUUCUGAAAGAGCGAACCCGAUCCAGUCUGAAGCGCACACAGCUGCACUGGGAAUACCCCGGAAAGGACGGGCAGGGGAACGUGGUCGGACAGCAGCAGCACUCUGACGUCAUGAUGAGAUCAAAAUCAGACGGAAACCUUCCACCACAAAGUGACUCAGGUCUAAAUAUGAGAAUAAAUCUGACCCUCAGACGUUCAGUGGAUAGUUAGGAUUAAAUCUGAACUUUGGGAUCUUGAGAGGAAACAACUAGAGCUUCAUUUCUGUCAUCAGAUAUUAAAUAAAAACACACAAAACCAGA